CGAAAUUAUUUAAGCGCAUGUGCCUUAGAGUGACCAGCUGCCGGGUAAAGCUACAAAAAGUAACAUUCACGAACAGUUGAGACCGUGAAAACUGUGCACUGGCCACCCGCACUGCUGCUUCACGCUCACUCUCCAACAACCAAGCGUUUGGGCCAAAGUUCAAUAGCAAUCACAAUCAUAAAGCGAUAAUUUGCCGUGAGUGUUGCUCUUAGACGCUUGUCAAGCGCUUCGGUACGCUUUGGGCGAAAGCAUUUUGAAUUCCAUUCAAAAAAAAUUACUUAACAAUAUUAACAAUAUUUAUUGAAUAACAAAAGCUAAAAAAAAAAACAAUAAAUAUGAAUAAAAUUCUUUUACCUUUACGUGCUUGGUGCUUUGUUGGCUUGUUGCUGUCCGUUUAUGCCACAUACGUGGAGUUGAGAGCGGAAAAGGAUGCCGACUACGUGGCAAUGUGUGACUUGAGUCCGAAAGUCAGUUGUACGGCGGUGUUUACAUCCAGCUACGGCAGAGGAUUUGGACUGACGCAAUAUUUCACAGACUUUAAUCCGCCAAAUGGUUUUCUUGGCAUAGUUUUCUAUGCAGUACUGUUAUUAUUGACACCACCACGCCAUCGCCUGCUAGCAUGGCUGCAACUCUGCCUUUGCUUUGUUUCGAAUUUACUCUCUGUUUACCUGGCGUAUUUGUUGUAUUUUGUGUUGGACGAUUUAUGUGUUGUUUGUGUUUCAAUUUAUAUUGUCAAUUUCUUUUGCUUGCGAGAGUCGUGGAGAAUAUACACAACGCUUUGGUGUAGUGAGGGAAAAUCGGAGACGAAAGUACAAAGGGGCAGCAAUAAAAAUAAUUAAGGCAACCAAAAAAAUAUUAUUAUAACUUUACUAAAAAAAUAAAAUAAAACUAAA